AUGAAUCGUAAAAAACUUUCUGGUGCCCAAAAUCGGGCAUUGGCUUACAAAAGGGCAAAAGACUGUGAAAAAAAUAAACAAACGCUCCAAGAAUUAAGUUGGUUUUGCAAAGCUACUAAUCAAAAUACUGAUUUGAAGUCGGUGGAAUUAAAUAAAUCAGAACAAACAAUGGAAUCAUCGUAUUAUGAUGAUGUUGAUUUACAUUCUCUUGGUUCAGUGGAAAAUGAAACAGACGACAGUUUUAACAAUGAAUUAAAACCCAAAGAAAAUAAAGCACUCUGGUCAUUGAUUCUUAAGCAAAGAGAAAAAGAAGAGUUAAUCAAAAAAGGUCCGUCAACUUUACCUGAUGAUUUCCCACGAGAUGCUUCUAAUAACAGGGCCUUUCCAAAAGAAGUUCUUUUCAUUGCAUUGCCUAAUGGAGAAAAAGUUCAACGAAAUUAUCUGAUAUGGAGCCCAUCGUCUAACUCUCUACUUUGUUUCCCGUGUUCUUUAUUUGGGUGUGAAAAUUCCGGAUCCUAUGGGGAUCGAUCUCUUCUUCUUCGCUGGAAUGGAGUAAUAAAAAAUGACUGGAGAAAAUUGAGUGAUUGUAUCAUAUAA